AUGCUGCAGGAUGUCUACGUGGACAAGCUAGUUGCAUUUUCGCCCGAAAAAGAUCGAUGGAUGAAAGCAAAGGUCUACAGACCAAUUGGCACGGCGUACAUUAUUGGUCGUGUGUAUCGCCUAGUCAAAAAAGGGAAGAACGCUUCGCUGUUCCAGAUUCGAUGGCUAGACAGUCAGUUCCAGAGCGCUGUGGAGCAUAUCAGCGUUGGGAUGAACCCGGAUUGGAGAAUCCUCGUACGUCCUGAUCCCACCGAUGAGAUCGACUUUGAGGAAAAUGAUUCAGAUUGCGAAGAGGAAGAACCUCGCUGA